UGUGGAUGAGAACCAGAAGGUUCAGGUGCCUCCAGGCUGUGCAGACUCCUGGCAAGUAGGAAACCAGCUGGGAACCAGCGUCAUGAAGUGGAUGGUGGUGGCCUUGCUUUGCCUGCCGCUCUUGGAGGCGACAAAGCUCAAGAUCCCCCUGAAGAAGUUCAAGUCCAUCCGGGAGACCAUGAGGGAAAAGGGCUUGCUGGACGACUUCCUGAAAACCCACAAGCGGGAGCGCACCCGGAAGGUCACCAACCACUUUGGUGACUUCAGCGUGCUGUUCGAGCCCAUGUCCUACAUGGACGCGUCCUACUUUGGCGAGAUCAGCCUCGGGACACCACCCCAGAACUUCCAGGUCCUGUUCGACACCGGCUCCUCCAACCUGUGGGUGCCGUCUGUGUACUGCAAGAGCCUGGCCUGCAUCACUCACCCCCGCUUCAACCCCAACGUGUCCUCCACCUACACUUCCGCCGGGCAGUCUUUUGCUCUGGAGUACGGCAGCGGCAGCCUCACCGGCAUCUUCGGCUAUGACACCAUGACCAUCCAAGAAAUCCAGGUGACCAAGCAGGAGUUUGGCCUCAGUGAGCAAGAGCCAGGCAGCACCUUUCUCUUUGCCCAGUUCGAUGGCAUCAUGGGCCUGGCCUACCCCGGCCUGUCCAUCGGGGGCGCCACCACUGCUCUGCAGGGCCUGAUGCGGGAGGGCGCCCUCUCCCAACCCCUCUUCAGCGUCUACCUGGGCAGCCAGCAGGGCUCUUCGGAUGGGGGCAUGCUCAUCCUGGGCGGCCUGGACGAAAGCCUGUACAAGGGGCAGAUCUCCUGGACGCCCGUCACCCAGGCGCUCUACUGGCAGAUCGGCAUUGAAGACUUGCACGUUGGUAACCAGGCUUAUGGCUGGUGCUCCCAAGGCUGCCAGGGCAUUGUGGACACCGGCACCUCCCUGCUCACCAUGCCCCAGGAGUACCUGACCCCCCUGAUGCAGGCCUUAGGGGCCCAGCAGAGCCAGUUUGGAGAGUACGUAGUGGACUGUGACAGCGUCCAGAGCCUCCCCACUCUGAACUUCAUCCUCAGUGGCGUGAAGUUCCCUCUGCUGCCCUCGGCCUACAUCAUCAAAGAGGACCAUUACUGCUUCGUGGGGCUGGACACUACCUACCUGUACUCGGAGAGUGGCCAGCCCCUCUGGAUCCUUGGGGACGUCUUCCUGAGGUCCUACUACUCUGUCUUCGACAUAACCAACAACAGGGUGGGCUUCGCCCCUGCCGCCUAGACGCCCGCCUGGCCCCCGGCCCCUUUCCUCCUUGGGCACCCAGCUUGUGCAGAGUUCUCUGUGCUUCCCUUCCUGGGUUCAGCCUCCCUUUCCUGGACCCUGCAGUUUCUCUAAUAAUAAAUAGUUC